UGUGUUCUGACCCUCAGCUGACCAUGGAGGUGGACGGGAAGACGGAGAGCAUCAUGAAGAGAACAGCGCUGGUGGCCAACACCUCCAACAUGCCUGUGGCCGCCCGAGAAGCCUCCAUCUACACAGGAAUCACGCUGUCUGAGUACUUCAGGGAUAUGGGAUACCAUGUGAGCAUGAUGGCCGACUCCACCUCCCGUUGGGCCGAGGCUCUCAGGGAGAUCUCUGGACGUCUGGCUGAGAUGCCUGCUGACAGCGGGUAUCCGGCCUACCUGGGCGCCCGCCUCGCCUCCUUCUACGAGCGCGCCGGCAGGGUGAAGUGUCUGGGAAACCCUGAGAGGGAGGGCAGCGUGAGCAUCGUGGGAGCUGUGUCGCCCCCUGGUGGAGACUUCUCUGACCCCGUCACUUCCGCCACCCUGGGUAUUGUACAGGUGUUCUGGGGUCUGGAUAAGAAGCUGGCUCAGAGGAAGCACUUCCCCUCCGUCAACUGGCUGAUCAGCUACAGCAAAUACACCCGCGCUCUCGAUGAGCAUUACGACAAACACUUCCCAGAGUUUGUGCCUCUGCGCACCAAAACCAAGGAGAUCCUGCAGGAGGAGGAGGACCUGGCGGAGAUCGUGCAGCUCGUCGGAAAGGCAUCUCUGGCAGAAUCGGAUAAGAUCACCCUUGAAGUUGCCAAACUGAUCAAAGACGACUUCCUGCAGCAGAACGGUUACACUCCGUACGACAGGUUCUGUCCCUUCUAUAAGACGGUGGGCAUCCUGUCCAACAUGAUCGCUUUCUACGACAUGGCGCGGCACGCAGUGGAGACCACGGCUCAGAGCGACCACAGGGUCACCUGGGCCAUGAUCAAAGAGCACAUGGGAGAGAUCCUCUACCGGCUCAGCGCCAUGAAGUUCAAGGACCCGGUGAAGGAGGGCGAGGCCAAGAUCAAGGCCGAAUAUGCUCAGCUUUUGGAGGACAUGCAGAACAGUUUCCGCACAUUGGAGGAAUAAUCCGCCGCCUCUCUCAACCCUCUCAUCUCUCCGCUGCAGAAGCACAUUCCUCCUCCCUGUAUCCCCGGUGCUCCCUUUGUGACCGAGUGUUUGCAAAUUCAUGUGGAGGGACAAGAGAAAGAUGUACUGUAUUCAUUAUUAUGUUCUGCCUCAUACAUGUAGGCAAACUCUGGGCCCUCUGCAUGGUCGUUGGUCGUGUGUGUGUGUGUGUGUGUGUGUGUACGAAAGAGGGAUCUCUUCCACCCUGUUUCUUCCUUUCUCUGUUUACAUGAUUUCUUUGUGUAUCCGUGUUGCUCUGCCUUGAGACGAUUAUUCGGUUGAUGUAUUGUAACUCAUGGACCAUCUGUACAGAAGAGUAUUGAAUAUAAGAUCAGCCUAUUUAUUGCCAGCGUUCCACGUGAAGGCUUUGUCGUCCUUUUUCUUUUUACGGUUGUGUUUCACGCUGUGCAGUGUCGUGUACUUUGCUGUGUGAAUGUGUACGAGUCCGAACUCCGCUGUCCGAUUAUUUCAUCAUGUUACUCCCAAAUAAUUAAAACAUGAGGAUAAAGAAGAA